UUGAACUCCAGGCUGAAACAAGUCUGUCGUUGUUCUCGAGAAUAUCCAUCCUCGAGUUUUAAAAGUUGAAAGUUCUUCAAAAGGAUGUUCAUCAACUCAAACCUCCUCUUACCAAACCCCAUACACCCUUGUAUUUAUGUUUAUGUGUGAGGCCUUCGGAUCUUCGUUCAUACGCAGACUCUGAGACCACUCGACGGGGAAAGAGCAAAAUCGAGUCACUUGUCUUGGACCAUAACCUUGGUUCAGCUCCUUCGAAACCUUUAUUUCUAUAUCUCGGUCGGUCGCUCGAGCGACCAACAGUCGGAGUAAAACUCAUCAGCCUACUUCAACUCCGACAACGAAGUUGGUCCAACAAGCAGGAAAUCGCCCGAAUAUAACCCAUCUUCCACUCUAUAGAUUGUUGGGCCGCACUUGCAGUGGCGUGGUCGCCGACGAGGAUGUCAGCUAGGAUUCUCAGUAAGCGAGGCGGGGCAGGUGCGGGGGACCCGAAUCAUCCGGCACUUAAGGCCGAUCCAAAUGCGACCUACAAACCAUUUCCGCCCGAAUCUAGUUAUCUACCGGGGCUUGGGAGAUCUGAGAAUUCUGGUGCAUCUAGAGGCCUGAAAAUCAUCUUGGCACUUGCUCUAAUUUUUGGGCUGCUAUCAUUCUUACUGGUCGGAUGGACAUUGUUCCGAUACUGCAAACGAAAGAGAAUCGCAAACAUCAGGAAACGCGAAGCGUCCGUUGGCAACCGGCCAUUAUUUUCCCGUCGAUCCCGCGGCCCUGGAUGGAGGGAAUUGCCACCUGAUCAUGAUCACGAUGAUGCCGAUGCAGACCGAGAUGGCGGUGGUCAGGACCAAAUCUACGGACAUGAGGUUUUCGAGAUGAGCCGGGAAUUCAAUCAAUCAAACUACGACUUGCCCUUCUCAUCAAAGCACCUACAAUUUGAAGAUGAACAUGAAGAAGAUGAAGACAACUUUAUCAAUUCGCCUGUUUCGUCUCGUCAUUCAUCAAGCCCCAAGUCCUGAUUAAAGAUUACGACCUUCGUCUGACUUAUAUAAUAUUAAUCUUAAGCAUUGGAACUAUUAAUCAUUCUUCACCUUCCGCAUUUGUAGCGCACCUUUUACGCCUUCUUAUAUUCCUCUCAACAUGUAGCGCCUUAACGAUUUUUUUUUCUGGCCCUCAAUAUCCUAGAAUAAUGAUACUAUUGUUCAUAAAAAUCCAGCUCGAUAAGAUUCUCAAAAAUUGCAAAACGAAAUUCAAAUGGGGAGAAAACAUCAAAUAAAGCUGUUUCCUUAGCGGUCAUCUACACCUAAUUGAAGCUUGAAUA